CUGAAAUAUGUUAAUACUACAAAGUAUUCAUUUCAGGUAGCAGGAAUCGAGCUACCGUUCGAUUCAUGCAAUGUUGCCCGUUCCCGUUCGCUGAAUCCACGUGGUAUCUACGUCAGUGCUGUAGUGGUCAUAACAUUCCAUCCACAGUUCAUCACAAAAGUGGAUCGUGCUUAUCGCAUUCAGUGCUUUUACAUGGAAGCCGAUAAAACAGUGAGCACGCAGAUUGAAGUGUCCGACAUCACCACUGCGUUCCAGACACAAGUGGUACCAAUGCCAAUCUGUCGAUAUGAGAUCCUGGAAGGUGGACCAACUGGAUCACCAAUCAAAUAUGCACUCAUUGGGCAGCAAGUCUAUCACAAGUGGACCUGUGAUUCGGAAACGGUGGAUACAUUCUGUGCCGUUGUACAUUCAUGCUUUGUGGAUGAUGGGAAUGGCGAUACCGUAGAGAUUCUAGACGAGAGCGGUUGCGCUCUGGACAAGUAUCUUCUCAAUAAUUUGGAAUAUCCUACAGUGAAGGAACCGAAUACCGACUGCCCACGACCGCAGUGUGCUGAACCGCAAGGCUUUGGAGCGGUGAAAUCUGCCGCUGCUCCAGCGCCAGCCGCUUUGGCACUCGCACCGCGAAAUUUACGCCUUAUCAGGAAGCGAUCGGUCGAUUACGAUAACACGGUUGAUGUGAGGACCGAAUUUAGUGCUGUUGAUAUCAGCGAAGAGGUUUGCGUGUUGCAACAUUUUUAA